UUGCAACGAUUUCAGUUAAAAAAUGAGUUUAUUUGUACGUGUUUCUAAUAAAGUUUUAAAGAAACGAUUUUGCCGUGACGUUCACACAUCGUGGCUAUUUUUUAAAGAUAAUAAAGAAAACAAUGAAUCUCCGUUAAAGAAAAUGUUAGAUGAAGCUGCAUCAUUUGAUGAUUUAAAGAGUGAACACCAAGUGUGGGCAACUCUUCCUUAUGGCGAAACCGCCAAAAUUCGAAAACAAGGUGAAUACUUUCAAAAAGAAAAAAAGGAUCCUCGCGAUUCAACGAUUAUUUUAUUUCCUGGUCAAGCAACUCAAUAUGUUGGAAUGGGGAAAAACCUUUUACAAUUUCCUUUAGUUAGAGAUCUUUUUGAAUUGGCCAGUUAUCUUUUAAAGUAUGAUCUGUUAAAAUUAUGUUUGGAAGGUCCAAAAGAAAAAUUAGACGAAACUAGAUAUGCUCAACCCGCGGUUUUUGUUUCAUCUUUAGCUGCUUUAGAAAAAUUAAAAGAAGAACGGCCAGAUGCGAUUGAUAAUUGUGUAGCAACAGCUGGAUUUAGUUUAGGUGAAAUAACUUCGUUAGUUUUUGCUGGCGCAAUCGGUUUUGAAGAUGCAAUUCGUUUGAUUCGAAUUAGAGGUGAAGCUAUGCAAAUGGCUGGGGAGAUGCAGAAGGGAAGUAUGGUUCGGGUUCUUUAUGGACCAGAUGCAAGUGUGGGAUUUGCUUGCUUAAAAGCUAAAGAAUGGGCAAUUGAAAAGGGGGAUGAAAUCCCAGAAUGUAGAGUUUCAAAUUAUUUAUACCCUCACAGCAAAAUUAUAGCAGGAAGUAUAUCAGCAAUAGAAUUUUUAGAGAAGAAUGCAAAAGAAUUUAAAUUGAAGAAGGUUUCACGGUUAGCUGUUAGUGGUGCUUUUCAUUCAGAUCUUAUGGCACCAGCUUUACAACCGGUUCGAAAGAUUUUAUCAAAAAUUAAUAUUGAAGAUCCUGUAAUUAACGUUUAUUCGAAUGUUGAUGGAAAGAGAUAUCGAAAUGCUGAUCACAUAAGAAAACAACUUCCUAAACAAAUCAUUAAACCUGUCAAAUGGGAACAAACAAUGCAUGUUCUUUACGAACGAGAUCAAGGAGAAUAUUUCCCAAGAACUUUUGAAUGUGGUCCUGGAAGUUCUUUAAAAACAAUUUUAAAACAAGUUAACGCUAAAGCUUGGGAUCAUUGUGUUAGUAUAGAAGCGUAAAAAUAUUUUUUUGUAACAAAUAAAUAAUAUUUAAAAAAAUAAA